CUUCUUAUUGGUCCUGCCGAGGAGGAAGGCGUUUUGAUUGGCCGAGGGUGGAGUUUGUAUGGGUAGAUUUAGCGCCACACCACUGGCUGCGGCGGUAGGGUGUUUGUGGCUCCAGGUGUUCUUUCGCGGUCGGAUAUGAAGAGCCAGCAGCCACACGGCAGCACUUCCUCGAAGGCCCACAGCAGUGGUGCCUGUUCGCAGUCCCAAGGCGGCUUCACCCAGUCCCAAGGCACUUUGUCUCAGCUGCACGACCUCUCUUCACAGUCUCAAGGCACAUCCAGUUCCUCCAACAGCACAGUGCCAUCCUCCAGCCAGUCCUCUCAUUCCAGCUCUGGGACGCUGAGCUCUUUAGAGACGGUGUCCACUCAGGAGCUCUGUUCUAUUCCUGAGGACCAAGAACCUGAGGAGCCUGGUCCUGUCCCGUGGGCUCGGUUAUGGUCCCUUCAGGAUGGAUUCUCCAAUCUGGACUGUGUCAACGACAACUACUGGUUUGGGAGGGAUAAAAGCUGUGAAUAUUGCUUUGAUGGACCACUGUUGAGAAGGACCGAUAAGUAUCGGACGUACAGCAAGAAGCACUUUCGAAUUUUCAGGGAAAUGGGCCCUAAAAAUUCUUACAUUGUGUACAUAGAAGAUCACAGCGGGAACGGAACCUUUGUAAAUACUGAGCUUAUAGGGAAAGGAAAACGCCUUCCUCUGUGUAACAACUCUGAAAUCGCACUUUCACUAUGUAGAAAUAAAGUUUUUGUGUUUUUUGAUCUGACUGUAGAUGAUCAGUCAGUUUAUCCUAAGGAAUUAAGAGACGAAUACAUCAUGUCAAAAACUCUUGGAAGUGGUGCUUGUGGGGAGGUAAAAAUGGCUUUCGAGAGGAGAACAUGUAAGAAAGUAGCCAUAAAGAUCAUCAGUAAGCGGAAGUUUGCUCUUGGCUCAUCGAGAGAAGCAGACACGGCUCCCAGUGUUGAAACUGAAAUAGAAAUUUUGAAAAAACUGAAUCAUCCAUGCAUCAUCCAGAUUAAAGACGUUUUUGAUGCAGAAGAUUAUUACAUUGUUCUGGAGUUGAUGGAAGGAGGAGAGCUGUUUGACAGGGUGGUGGGGAACAAACGCCUGAAGGAAGCAACCUGCAAGCUGUAUUUCUACCAGAUGCUUUUAGCCGUGCAGUACCUUCACGAAAAUGGGAUUAUACAUCGGGACUUAAAGCCAGAGAAUGUUCUUUUGUCAUCUCAAGAAGAGGACUGCCUUAUCAAGAUCACUGAUUUUGGACAGUCCAAGAUUCUGGGGGAGACCUCUCUGAUGAGAACUUUAUGUGGUACGCCCACCUACCUGGCUCCUGAGGUCCUUGUCUCCAAUGGGACUGCUGGGUACAGCCGUGCUGUGGACUGCUGGAGCUUAGGAGUUAUUCUUUUCAUCUGCCUUAGUGGGUAUCCACCUUUCUCUGAGCAUAAGACUCAAGUGUCACUGAAGGAUCAGAUCACCAGUGGAAAAUACAACUUUAUUCCUGAAGUCUGGACAGAUGUUUCAGAGAAGGCUCUGGACCUUGUCAAAAAACUGUUGGUUGUGGAUCCAAAGACUAGGUUUACCACUGAGGAAGCCUUGAGUCAUCCGUGGCUACAGGAUGAAUACAUGAAGAAAAAAUUUCAGGAUCUACUUCUGGCUCAGGAAAAGAAUUUGAUGGCCCUGCCCCUGACUCCCGCCCAGCCUUCUAGUCGAAAGCGGCCCCUGGAACGGGAAGUGGAGGAUGCUGAGAGCACAAAGCGCCUGGCUGUGUGUGAUGCACUAGUUAGAACGUAAAAGAAUGUAAAAGAAAUGUGCUUUCAGUUGGGCCGCGGUGGUGACGCAAGCCUUUAAUCCUAGCACUCGGGAGGCAGAGCCAGGUGGAGCUCUGUGAGUUUGAGGCCAGCCUGGUCUACAGAGUGAGUUCCAGGACAGUCAGAGUUGUUACACAGAGACCCUGUCUCGAAAAACCUUAAAAAAAAAGAAAAAAAAGAAAAAAGAAAAAAAGAAAUGUGCUUCCUUUCACACUGCGAUUGUCUUUUCUACCCUUGAAGUCUUUUUUUUUAAAGACUAUAUAUAUAUUUUUUUAAAUAUAGUCUGUAUUUUAAUGAUGGGAACAGUUGUUUUUCCAUCGCUGAUACACAAUUAAAAACCUUGUGGAAACUGACCUAUGAAUAGCAUGAAUAGCACUUUAGAUGAAUACCUUUCCUUUUCUUAAAAAAAAAAAAAAAAUUGUUAGGGGGCUGUGUGGAGAGAUGGUUUAGUGGUUAAGAGCGCUCCUGUAGAGGACUGAGGUUCAGUUCCCAACACCCAUGUAACUACAGUUCUGGCUUCUGUGGGUACCCACACAUCUGUUCUUGCACACAGACACACACAAACAUUAAAAAAAAAAUUCUAAAACAAUGUUAGAAGUUGUUGUGUGCCUUUCAUCUGGAUCUUCACCUUGACUGUUGUCAGCAGUCCGGCUUCUCAGGAUGUCACUCUGGUUUUAGUUUGUAUGAUCUGAAUACAAAUUGUAAAGGUCCCUUAAAGUCUCAGCCUCUCGGGGUGGUGCACACAUCUGAGUUUGAGGCCAGCCUGGUCUACAGAGCGAGUUCCAGGUCAGCCAGGGCUACACAGAGAAACUGUCCACACACACAACACCUGUCUAGGUCCCUUAGAAAGAAAAGGACACGGUGAUAUUGGGUGAUUUGUGGUGACUGCCUGCCAAGGAGCCAUGUGAUGGCAGGCAUGUUGCUCCUUGUGUCUUUUAGUCUGAUUUCACACUUCUGGAAUCCAUCCCAGACCUUGAGAAGCAGAAACAGCAAGAGUGUGAGUUCGAGGGCAGCCUGAGCUGUUAGUGAGACUCUUGUCUCAAAAACAAAUGAAACAGAGAAGUUAUCCUUUAUCUAUACAGUUUAUAUCUCUGAACUCUUGGGGCUUCAAUGAGAUUAAUUUUCCCCCAAAUUUUAAGGUGAUCCAAUGUUUCUUUAAGUUAGGUCCUUCAGCUGUCCUUGUGGUAGAGGUGAAGGUGGAGAAGUAAGGUAGGAGCUAGAGACAUCUAUGGUGGUUAAGAGCAUUGGCUGCUCUUCCACAGGACUUGGGUUCAAUUCUCAGUACCCACAUGGUGGUGUUAAUCCCACUGGCGAGAGUAAGACCACUACCACAGUUUGAGCCAAACUUGAAGCAAGGUUGAUUUUUAUUGGGGUGCACUCAAGAGCCGAGCUGGCCAGUGACUGCCUUCUAAGUCUGAUUAAAGAGAGCAGCCCUGAAUCCAUUUCUUGGGCCCCUUUUAAAGAGUGAAAUCACAAGUAGCUGCAAAGCAGGUUUACAGAAGAGAGACAAUGGGGCAAGAAGGAAAUGCAGAAAAAAAUCUCAAAAAAGACAUCCUGUGGUCACCAUGUGAUUAGAGAUGGCUCUGGGAGGGUUGGGAAGGGUAGGGGUAGUCUUAAAAACAAGUCAAGGUCAUCGGUUGGGGUAAGGUCAGGUUCCUUAAAUUUAAAAACAGCAAUUCAGCUUUUUUAAAAAAAAAAAAAACAAAAAACCAAAAACAUUUAUUUACUGUGUAUACAAUGUUCUGCCUGUGUGUAUGCCUGCAGGCCAGAAGAGGGUGCCAGAUCUCAUUAUUGAUAGUUGUGAGCCACCAUGUGGUUGCUGGGAAUUGAACUCAGGACCUCUGGAAGAACAGCCAGUGAUCUUAACCUCUGAGCCAUCUCUCCAGUCCCCAGCAAUUCAGCUCUUACAGUAAAUAGAAACUUAUUUUUAGUAAUAAAGCAUAAUGACUCCCCUUCAAAAUGGAGUCAGGCAGGUUCCUCAGUGACUCAAAAUUGUAACUCCAUUUUAAGUUUGGGACAUUUAAUAAUUCCAACCUGUGUAACACAAUAGUGUGUGAGUUGCCUGUUAACCCCAUGGUUGGCUGGGAGCUCCCCUGGAAACCCUGUAGUUGGCUGGGAGUUCUAGGGCCUCUGGCACCCUCUGGCUUCUGUGGGCACCAGGCAUACAAGUGGUUCACAGAUAUACAUGCAAGCAAAACAGUCAUACACAUAAAAUCAGAAGCAGGAGGAAGGAGAAAGGUUGGUACCAACCUACGUCUUUCUGACUGUAAAACAAAUGUUUUUUUGUCUCUUGUAAUUUAUUAAGUCAUACUUAUAUUAUUAGGGGAUUUUUAUUAAAGGAUGUUGACUCAAACCGACAGAAUCACAAGAGACUGUCUAAAAAGAUUUUUUUUUUAAGAUUUAUUUUUUUAUGUAAGUGAGUUCUGCUUGCAUGUAUGUACACUGUGUGGGUGCCUGGUGCCCCUGGUGUACAGAAGAGAUCAUUGAAGCCUCUGGAACUGAAGUUACAAAUGAUUGAAUAAUCAUGUAGACUCUGGGAUGUGAACCCAAGAUCUCAGCAAAAGCAGCAAGUGCUCUGAACUUAAGGACUUUCCUUUGACUAUGAAGUCUGAACUGCCAAAAGUAAAGAACAGUUUUUGUAUCCCAUAAGUCUGGUUGCAGUGACAGGUCUUUGACAUGUAAAAAUUGAAACAUUGUUGGUGGCCUUAGAAUAUUAUUUUAAGAUGUGUUACAUUUGUUUAUGCUGUGGAACAUUUGUUUAAUGGUGCAAAGAUGUGUUGCAUUCUUUUAUGUUGCAUUUGUUUAACUCUGUGAAGCUGUGUUACUUUGCCUGUCUAAAACACCUGAUGGUCUAAAAAAGAGCUGAAUGGCCAAUAGUGAGGCAGGAGAAAGGAUAGGCGGGGCUGGUGGGCAGAGAAUAAAUAGGAGAAAUCUAGGAGGGAAAGAAGAAAAAGCAAGAAAACAAGGAGAGGAGGAUGCUAAGGGCCAGCCACCUAACCAGCCACAGAGUAAGAGUGAAAGUAAGAUAUACACAAGGAAGGAAAGGAAAAAGCCCAGAGGCAAAAGGUAGACAGGAUAAUUUAAGAAAAGCUGGCAAGAAACAAGCCAAGCUAAGGCCGGACAUUUAUAAUUAAGAAUAAGCCUCCAUGUGUGAUUUAUUUGGGAGCUGGGUGGCAGGCCCCUCAAAAGAGUAAAGAGUUAAAAUAACCAACAACAGUGGCCCAUACUUUACUCAUAAAAAGUGGAAUUUGUUUCAGGACUAUCUAUGGCUGGGGUUAGUAGCCACAGUGUAAGGAUCAUGUAAGACCUAGGGUGAACAACCCUGGUUAGAAUGACGUAAGUAAACCACAAAUGGAGUAGUGACAAGCUAUAAGCUAUGUGUGGAAGUAGGGGUAAGACUAGAAACCUAGCCAGAAAAGAAUAUAAAAGAUGAAGCCUCAGACACGACCAACAGAGCUUGUCAGACCCUCGCGUGAGACAACUCUCUUCCGCCAGAGACGUGAGAGCCUGUCCCCAGCGCAGGCUGACCCAAGAUCCAGAGGAACAGAUGUGUCGAGUCCGGACCUGUAUACCCGGAGAGGUACUCCUGCUUCUUUUUGGAAGACGGGAUAAAUAUUGCUUGUAAUCUUAUUGUGUGAAUAAAUGAGUGUUAUACCAAGUCUGAA